AAAGGAAAAACCCACUGGUGUCACCGGAAGUACAAUACAGUUCAGCCUUGACGGUGUCUCCUCUUUUUUUGGACGAACAAACGUAUUUUGUAGUAAAUAUAAAAUGGAAAUUACAUACAUUGUCUGACCGCUAGUUAUAAAGUUCACUCAUCUUUUAAGCAACUGUCGUUAGCACUUUAGCAACGUUUCCGGAGCUAUCAUUAGCUUUACGUUAGCUUUAGCACCCGCACUAUUAGCAGCAUGGCGACACCAGGGACACCAACAGGAGGAGAGAAUCCACCUAUGUCCCAGUCUAUGCAGACUUUUAAGAACUGCUGGGGCUGCCGCCUCAUCUCCGGCGGUGGUCUGAUCCUGUCUGGGGCCUACGUGUACCAUGCCGCCCGCAAAGUCAUGCGUCUUGGCGGCCCGACCUCUAUGGGCACAGUCGCCCAGAUAACAUUUGCAGCAAGUUUGGCGGCAUGGGGAGUGGUUAUUAUGGUUGAUCCUGUGGGGAAAGCGCAGAAGAAGACGUGACGAGCCAGCGUGGACAUGGACAAUGUUGGGACAAGGAUACAGUUUGAAAAGGAGACAAAUGUAUCUUCACAUUCUAUAAAAGCAAUCAUAUAAUUA